CAGCUCCUGUAGUCACGUGGCGCUGGGAACCGGCGGGGGGGCUGGGCACGGGCCUGGCAGUGGUGAACUCGAACCUGCUGCUGUCGCCGCGGCGAGGUGGGGAGCGCGGCAGCCGGCGCCGGCUUUCCGGCCUCAUGGACGCGCCACGCGCCUCCGCGCUCCCCGCCGGAGAGGUAAGGCUGGCCUCUCUGCCUUCGGAGGUCUGAGCUCUGCCAUGGGGGUAGGGGUGUCUUUACUGCUGCAGUUUUCUCUGACAUCUGGGGGCUACCACUGUGUGGGCCGAAGCAGGCGCUCCAGCCGCAGAAGUAUCCCCAGGAGGAGCUGGAAAAAGCCUCAUCUCCAGCUCCACAGCCGCCAGGCAGAGGAAGAACCGAUGCUGGAACGUCGCUGCAGGGGCCCUGUGGCCAUGGGCCCUGCCCAGCCCCAACUCCUUUCUGGACCUUCCCAGGAGUCACCCCAGACCCUGGAGCAGGAGCCCCAAGGGCUGAGGUCACAAGGCAUGGCCAUGACCCAUUCGGGCGGCAAGGCCCUCCAGCGGGCCCAUCGUUGUGCCCACUGCCGAAGGCACUUCCCGGGCUGGGUGGCCCUCUGGCUUCAUGCCCGGCACUGCCAGGCCCGGCUGCCCCUACCCUGUCCCGAAUGUGGCCGGCGCUUCCGCCACGCCCCCUUCUUGGCGCUGCACUGCCAGAUCCAUGCCGCCACCACCCCAGACCUGGGCUUUGCCUGCCACCUCUGCGGGCAGAGCUUCCGAGGCUGGGUGGCCCUGAUUCUGCACCUGCGGGCCCACUCGGUUGCGAAGCGGCCCAUUGCCUGUCCCGACUGCGAGAGACGCUUCUGGCGAAGAAAGCAGCUGCGGGCCCAUCGGCGGCGCUGCCACCCGCCGGCCCCCGAGGCCCGGCCCUUCAUCUGCGGCAACUGCGGCCGCAGCUUCGCUCAGUGGGACCAGCUGGUUGCUCACAAGCGGGUUCAUGUGGCCGAGGCCCUGGAAGAGGCAGCGGCCAAGGCCCUCGGGCCUCGGCCCCGGGGCCGCCCGGCCGUGACCGCGCCCCGGCCGGGUGGAGACGCCGUCGACCGCCCCUUCCAGUGUGCCUGCUGCGGCAAGCGCUUCCGCCACAAGCCCAACCUGAUUGCGCACCGCCGCGUGCACACGGGCGAGCGGCCCCACCAGUGCCCCGAGUGCGGGAAGCGCUUCACCAAUAAGCCCUACCUGACCUCGCACCGGCGCAUCCACACGGGCGAGAAGCCCUACCCGUGCACCGAGUGCGGCCGCCGCUUCCGCCACAAACCCAACCUGCUGUCGCACAGCAAGAUCCACAAGCGCUCCGAAGGGGCCGCGCAGGCUGCCCCCGGCUCCGGGAGCCCACAGCCUCCCGCCGGGCCCCUGGAGCCCUUGGCCGAGCCCUCCGUGGAAGCCCCGCGGAAGCCCGCCCAGGAGCCCGCUCCGAAGCCUCUGGGGCCCGCGGAGGAGCCGCCCCGGGACCAGGCCGAGGCCCCCGCCUCUCUCUACGGCUGCGAGGACUGUGGCCGGAGCUUCCGGCUGGAGCGCUUCCUGCGGGCCCACCAGCGGCAGCACACGGGCGAGCGGCCCUUCACCUGCGCCGAGUGUGGCAAGAACUUCGGCAAGAAGACCCACCUGGUGGCCCACUACCGGGUCCACUCGGGCGAGCGGCCCUUUGCCUGCGAGGAGUGCGGGCGCCGCUUCUCCCAGGGCAGCCACCUGGCGGCGCACCGGCGCGACCACGCCCCGGAGCGGCCCUUCGUCUGCCCAGACUGCGGGAAGGCCUUCCGCCACAAACCCUACCUGGCGGCCCACAGGCGCAUCCACACGGGCGAGAAGCCCUACGUCUGUCCCGACUGCGGCAAAGCCUUCAGCCAGAAGUCCAACCUGGUGUCCCACCGGCGCAUCCACACCGGCGAGCGCCCCUAUGCCUGCCCCGACUGCGACCGCAGCUUCAGCCAGAAGUCCAACCUCAUCACCCACCGCAAGAGCCACAUCCGGGACGGCGCCUUCUGCUGUGCCAUCUGCGGCCAGACCUUUGACGACGAGGAGAAGCUCCUGGCCCAUCAGAAGAAGCAUGAUGUCUGAGAGGGCAAGGACUGCGGAGGCCGAGGGAGGGGGGCCCUGGGCGGCAUUCACACUGUGCCCUGUGCUGCUGCUGUGGGGGUGGGUGGGCUGCCCCCCCCCCCACCAGAGAGGGAGGUUCUUCCCCCCACCCCACUCCACAAUCAGGGAGCCCACUUGCAGAGCAGGGACCCCGGCCUCCAGCAGGUUUGCUCAAUUUCAGUCCUGACUGUCCUGUGCCCUGGAAAAGUAGCAAUAGCAGCUCCACCCACCCCUUAGAGCCCUCCGGCUGGAGGGGCCACCAGUGGACAGGAGGACCCUUUUCUGAUGUUAACGCCUUAAUGUCCCUGUCUUUAACUAUGAGUUCCUUCAGCUUGUUUUUGGAAGUAGGUGUGGUACAGUCCUUAGUGAAUGAGCACCCAGGAGGAAAAGAGGACCAGCUGGAUACACCUGGGAGAACCUGCCGGCCUUGAUAGGCAGCACCUGGGCCUUUUCAAGUACUGGGAGGCAAAGCAGAGCUGCUCCAGCCUGUCUCGCCCCAUCCCCUCCCUCCUGCCCCUGCACAGGCACCUGGAUUUGGAGAGACCCAUCUACUGUUAGUGCUUUGUCCCCUUCCUCCCUCGACAUCAAUCCCCGGGGCCUCUCCCUACUGGUCUGACUUGCUUUAUCCAGCACCCUCCCAGCGCUUAGAACAUCCCCUGGCCGUCAGCUGCCCUGUGUCAGGGCUUUUGUUCGAACACCCCCAACCCUCCUUCCCUCCUUUCAGAACUCACCACGUGGGCAGAACUGCCCCACUGAUAAGGGAGGAUCAGCUGAUAGGAACCCAGGGUGAGUUUCCCCUUUGCCCUUUCUAGUGUGCGGAUGCCCAGCCUCUGCUUGAACACUUAGGUGACAGGGAGCCCCCCUACCUCCUGAGGCCCUGGUUCUACUGUAGGGUAAUUCUAAUUGUUAGAAAUUCUUCCUUAUAAUGAAUGAAGUCUGCUUCCUUGUAAUUUCUACUGUUGGGCCUUGUUUGUUCUCUGGAACUAAACACAACCACUUACCCUCCUUUUUGAACUAGAGAAUAAAGAUCUGGUUUUAGAA